AUAUUAAUAUCUUGAAUAAACAAAAUCGCUCAAGAAAAAGGGGAUUAGGGUUUCAGAUUGAAGGCAAAAUCCCCAAAUUCACUCCAUCAUGUCGCAGCCAGUUGUAGAUCUCUCUCAAUUCGACAUCUCCAAAGAGGAAAAGGACAAGCUUGUAGCGGAAGUAAUCCGAUACGUGCUGUUCAAGACGCACCACAGCUCGGGGUGUCCGAUAAAGAGGGAAGAGCUCACCCAGCUGCUCACCAAGAACUACCGCCAGCGCAAUCUUCCUACUUUCAUCAUCAACGAGGCCAUACAGAAGUUGUCCUCCAUUUUCGGGUACGAAAUGCGGGAGCUUCAGAGGUCUCGUCCUUCUUCCGCUAAUCAGGGACGCAUUUCGCAACAGAGUGCUGCGGAGGCAAAAUCCUAUAUCAUCACGAGUAAGCUUCCUUCUGAUGUGUAUAAGAAGUAUGUCUUGAACGACAAUGAUAGUACGGUUCCUCUCAAUGGUUUCACUUUUGUCGUACUGAGUCUUGUACAUAUUUCCGGCGGUAAAAUGACCGAAGAGGAUUUUUGGCGUAAUUUGAGACGAAUGGGAUUGGACGAAAGCAAUGAAAACCAUCCAGUCCUGGGAAACAUAAAGCAAGCACUGGACACACUUGUCCAGCAAAGAUAUUUGCAGAAAGACAAAGUAAGUGGACCUGAAGGCAAUACUUUGUUUUAUGAGCUUGCGGAGAGAGCUUUAGAUGCACCAAUUAGUGAGAGCACUAAAGCACACAUAUCAGAGAUUGUGAACAAAGAGGUUGUCUCCGUGGAUGUCGACGACUAGCGGCGGGCUGCCAACUUGGAUCUGACUGUAUCUAAGUUGUAGUUUGAUGGUUCCAUCUUGCCGCCAUAUGACUUUUCUCUAGUUUUAAGGAAGCUUAUAAUGCCAAUAGAUGUAUUCCAUUUUUGGGUCUUGUAUGAACUGACAAAUGAUAAUGUGAUAUGUUUAAGGACUUAAUUAUGUUAAGUCUUCA